AUGGAUCGUUUGCCACCAGAGCUGAAGCUACAUGUGGCAGGUGGGCGACGUGUCGCGGGAAGCUCUGCGAGCCUUAUCACAGGUCAACCGUCAGUGGACAUAGGCGAUUAUCUCGAACAAACUCUCCCUGAAGAUAUCGAUGUCUCACUACUGUGUCAAUUUGUAGGUGAUUGGACCCCGACCAUUGCCCUGGUGAAGCGGUUGCCCUGUCUGCAGCAGCUGACCAUCCUGGCUUUCGCACGUUAUGCUGAGCUUCUGGAUGUCGUCGCGGAGGUGCAUCCAUCCUGUCGUGUGUCUAUAUUCACGCUUAGUCGGUUUUCUCCGAGGUGGAUUCUCUAUUGGUCCGAAUGGCUUCGUUCUCCCGUGCUAUAUGCGGUCACAGUCAUAUGCCAUGAUGAAAGACAUAUGAGAACCUUUAGGGAGGAUCCUGAUCGUGCUCUGUGGGACCUUCUCCAUCAAGCACGACAGAUCAAGUAUUUAUCGCUGCAGAUUAGUGUCAAGCCCUUUGACUGGAUAAUCUCAGAAUCUACAAGAUGGUCCCCGUCCCAGCUGUCAGAGAGCGAAAUCAACGAGGCUCCGCGUGCGAAGCUGGAGACGCUUUCGCUACCCUUGAUCACGAAAAUGACUGCGUCACAGCUGCAAAGGUGGUCCCAGAUGACUGAUCUGGCAUAUCUCACCGAGUGGGCGGCGGGUACCAUCGAGGAAAUGACUACCUUGACGGCCAUCACUGAGCUGCAGCCUUUCCGGGCAUUGAAGCGGUUAACGCUUAGACUUGACCAACCAAAAGACUCUCCAUGCUGGCCAAGGGCAGUCAAGAGGAUGUUUCGCUCACUCCCACCAUUGAAUUACCUCUAUCUUCUGGGAAGAUAUAACCCAGCGAUACUUCCCACCGCUAUUCUGAAACGACACGGCCCAACUCUGACCGAGUUGAAGUUGUACUACAAGCGGUCACAGUUUCAACAAAUUAACGAGGCGCGUCCGCUCUCACUUAGAAAACAGAGUGCUCCCACGUUCCCUCCAGCCGUCAUUACCAACAUUGCAGCCUGCUGCCCUGCUCUGCAGACGCUGUGUAUCUGCGUGCAGCGAUAUCGAGGCCACCCGAUCGAGGCGCAAACAUACGACGCUCUGGCGAAGUUCCCGGUCUUACAGAAGUUGGAUCUCGUCCUCAACUGCGUGGCAGCAAGCAAGGCCGACGGGACGCCGUCUCCGCCGCGGGAGCUGACCGCGUACGAACAAGAACUCUUCCCAUACCGCUUCGGCCAGAUCUCCAAAUGGACCAUCCGGGACAGCAUGAUCAACUCGGCCAUUGAUGAAUCGCUGGUCAAGGCAAUCUUCAAUCGCAUUCUAAUGGGCCAACAGGGUCGCUCUUUGCAGCUGCUCCGCUUACAUCCGCACCUUGGCAAGUUCGAGCCCUGGAUGAGCACGGACACGCGCAACCGUCUACCAGUUAGUGCAGGGGAGAUGAUUAAGGAAUUGGCGGGGGCGUGGCAGGUCGACUGGCCCAGAUAUGGUAAACCGCAGUUGGAAAACCGGUUUAGACCCAGUCGUGAUCAAGAAGCUGUAACAAUACCCAAAGAUGGCGAGAUCUUCGAGUCAAUCUGGCCGUCAACUCGGGAACCCAAGACAUGGCCCCUGGAAUGGUGUAGCUGGCCUUUGCAGUAG